UACAAACGUAUCAAGACGCUGCUAACUUUCUCUUGACCUUCGUGCUCCACCUGCGGCCCCAGCUAACCCACAGCCUCCUGCCGGCAGACAGGCCGUCUCAAUGACUUACAGAGGACCGAGAACACCGAGGCGUCCAUGGAUGUGUACGACUUGUUUAGUAGUUGCAGAAAGGGCGACAUUUGUAGAGUCAGGUACCUUGUUGAGCAAAGAGAUGUGGACCUCAAUGUGAGAGAUAAAUGGGACAGCACGCCUUUGUAUUAUGCUUGCCUCUGUGGCCACGAGGAGCUGGUCCAGUAUCUGUUGGCUAGUGGUGCCAAGUGUGAAGCCAACACGUUUGAUGGUGAAAGAUGUGUGUACGGCUCCCUGAGUGACUCGAUCCGACGCCUGCUCAAGGAAUACAAGUGUGUCAGUGUCCGUGCCAUGCAGCGCAAUGACUUCAACUACUUCCUACACAUGUUGUUAGAACAAGGUCACAACAGUGACGUUAAGUUCCUGGUUCAUGGACAAAUGUUUUCGGCUCACCGAUGCGUUCUCAGCGCACGCUCGGAGUAUUUCACUGAGAUGUUUGAAACAAAAUGGAAAGGAAAGAGCCUCAUAACCCUCAAACACCCCUUGAUCAAUCCUGCAGCCUUCGCAGCAAUUCUGCAAUAUUUCUAUACUGGACGGAUGGAUAUUGAUAUAAGUCUGGUGGAGGACUGUAGGCGACUUGCCAAACAGUGCAAGAUGGCAGACCUUAUUGAAGAGCUGGAGAAUAAAUGUAAACAGGUCUAUGAAUUUGUGUCCAACAAGCCUGGAACCUGUGUCAAAGUUCUCAGCUUGGAGCCUCACACCUGUCAGCUCCAAGAGGAGAUGGCCCAGUUAGCAGACUGUGCUCUGCCCACUGAACUAAGGGUUGGAUUUGGGGAACUUCCCUUUAACAGAGUUGAUCUGUUCCCAACUUAUCCUGACAUCUGCUUCAGAGUAGAGGGUUUUGAUUUCUUAUGUCAUAAGGCCUUUUUUUGUGGCCGCAGUGAUUAUUUUAAGGCAUUACUAGAAGACCACUUCAGCGAGGGCCAGCAGCUGCAGUCCCAGCCCAGCACCCCAGUGAUAACGUUGCAAAAUAUCACCCAGGAAGUCUUUAUCCACGUCAUGUAUUACAUCUACACUGAUGAUACAGAGCUGACGAUGGACAGCGUGUUUGAUGUUCUCUGUGUGGCUGACAUGUACCUGCUGCCGGGGCUGAAACGUCUAUGCGGGAAGAUUCUAGCCAAGGCUAUUUGUGAGGAAAACGUCCUGCACAUGUGGAAGACGGCAAAGCUUUUUCGUCUGUCUCGGCUUGAGGAUCAGUGUACAGAGUUUAUGGCAAAGAUUAUUGAGCGGCUGGUGGAGCAAGCCGAGUUUGCCGAGAUGAUAAAAGAGGAUGCUGCGUCCCUGGAGGAGCGUCAGGAGACAGACUCAGUUCCUCUGGUAGACGACAUCCGCUUCCACAUCGCCAGCAACGUGCAGACAUACAGCGCCAUUGAGGAAGCAAAUCAGAAGCUGGAGGCGCUGGAGGAGCUGCUUUCUAGCAUCAACAUUGACUGCUGAGUGGAGUCAUCAGGGCCUUUUCUCUGGUGUACAAGUUUUUAAGGUUGACUUUGGAGGGGAUCCUUAGUG